AUGGAGUCGACGCCGAAAUUAUCGUCGACUGUGACGGACUUGACGGCCAGAACGCGAAAAGAUGGAAUGACCGCUGAUUCCAAUUGCUUCCCACCCCAUGAUACCAACGACACCGCCACCAGCGACGCUCUGACGGAACUGGCGAAGCAGAAUGUCGCACCAUUCCUCGCCAAGUACCAUCCACGGCAAUAUGCGCCCCUGCGAUCGGAGGACGGCACACCCUCGGUGCCGCGGACGGGAAAUGCAGGCUACUGUUAUCGUCACCAGCCUGACUCGAAGUGCAGACGCCAGGCGGAUGAACAAUCCAUGCGCCAGUUACAGCGGGAACUGGAAACGCUUCCCCAGAGUGAUCAGCAGGGUAUUGCUCAUGUCUGGUCGCUCUUCUCUGCCGCCCCCGCCAAGCAGCGCAAGCUGAUGCUGCAAGGCAUUUUAGCCCAGUGCUGCUUCCCUCAGCUUUCCUUCAUCUCCGCCAGUGUCCGAGAACUCAUCCGCAUCGAUUUCCUUGCCGCCCUCCCCCCGGAGCUUUCGUUCAAGAUUCUCCGAUACCUCGACACCGCCUCCCUCUGCCGCGCCGCACAAGUAUCCCAUCGAUGGAGAGCUCUUGCUGAUGACGACGUUGUCUGGCACCGGAUGUGCGAGCAACACAUUCGCCGGAAGUGCAACAAGUGUGGCUGGGGCUUACCUUUGCUGGAUCGCAAGCGUUUGCGGGAGUCAAAGCGCGAAAUCGAGUUGCGUGCGACCAACUGGGGCAACCAGUCCUCCAACCACUCGGGCGAAGGUGCCCCCAAUGACACCUGUUCAGUGGUGGAACUUCCUACCGGCGGAAAGCGCAAGAUUGAUGCCGACGACCAAAGCUGUGCUAUGAUUAAACGCCACUGCAUUUCGCCAGCGUACAAGCCCGAGCCGGAUGACGAUUACUUCAAGACACGGUAUCGACCUUGGAAAGACGUCUAUCGCGAUCGCUUUGUCGUUGGCAUGAACUGGAAGCACCGACGCUGCUCGGUUAAGGUUUUCCGAGGUCACACCGACAGCGUGAUGUGCCUGCAGUUCGAGGACAACAUCUUGAUGACUGGCUCGUACGAUGCGACUAUCAAAAUCUGGGAUAUGGAGACUGGAGAGGAGCUGCGGACCCUCCGGGGACAUACUGCUGGCGUGCGCUGUUUACAAUUUGAUGAUACCAAAUUGAUCACAGGCAGCCUCGAUCGCAGCAUCAGGGUGUGGAACUGGCGCACCGGCGAAUGCCUCUCCAAGUAUAACGGCCACACAGAGGCGGUCAUUGGCCUCCACUUCGAUGCCACUCUCCUUGCGUCCGCCUCGGUUGAUCGGACUGUCAAGAUCUGGAACUUCAAGGACAAGUCGACAUUUGUUCUGCCUCAUCCCGAGGGUGUCAACGCCGUCAAGAUAGACACCACCUCCCGUACCGUUCUGACUGCGUGUGAUGACGGCGCAGCACGUCUGUGGGAUCUUGAUACCAAGACUUGCAUCCGCGUUUUCCACAAUCAUAUCGGUGCGGUGCAACAAGUCAUUCCGUUGCCGCGUGAGAUCGAACUGGAGAACCAUCUCGCCGACUGCGAAAAUGACCAUUUCAGUACCUCCUCCCAGAACGAUGACGCGGUCAACAUCCUCUCGCCUCUCCUGGGGCACAAGUCUCUAUCCCUACAACCUUCACCCUUUGGCUCUUCUUUCGACCAGGAUCAGGAUCGCUUGGAACCCCCGCGCUACAUCAUCACCAGCGGUGUCGACGCGACUAUUCGGCUGUGGGAAACCAACACUGGCAGAUGCCUGCGCACCUUCUUCGGGCACCUGGAGGGCAUCUGGGCAUUGUCAGCCGAUACCUUACGCAUUGCCUCGGGCGGCAUGGACCGAAUGGUCAAGAUCUGGGACCCUCGCAUCCCGACAUGUCAAGACACUUAUGAAGGCCACUCUGCCGCUGUCAAUUGCAUCGGGCUUAGUGAUAGUCGCUUCGUCACAGGUGGUGACGAUUAUCACGUCCGCAUGUAUGACUUCCGGGCCUAA